CCGAAAUCCACGCAAACACCCGAGUCCAAGGAGUCCACGCGUGAAUCGGAGCGGCUGUUUUCCGAGGCCAUCCGACUUCCGACUUCCCACUCGCUCGCUCACCCCCACAACUCAUCCUCCAACACACCCCACCCUCUGCUUACUCUCAACCAUGGCUGCAGCUCUCAAGGACUUUACGAAGUGGGGUCGCUCCAUCGUCGCCGUCGGACGCAACUACGCGUUGCACGCCAAAGAACUCAACAACCCCCUGCCCACCCACCCUCUCCUCUUCCUCAAACCCGUCAGCAGCUACCUCUCUGCACCCAACCCCAUCCUUCUCCCCUCCACACACACCAUCCACCACGAGCUAGAACUCGGGGUCAUCAUCGGCCACGCCCUACCCACCCCACGCGCCGGCAAGGCGUUUCUGGACCCCCAAACGCAGCGGAGGGAGAUUGAGGAUGCUGUGGGGGGAUAUGUGUUGGCGCUGGAUAUGACGGCGAGGGAUUUGCAGGAUAAGGCGAAGAAAGGGGGUUUGCCGUGGACGGUUGCGAAGGGGUUCGAUGGAUUUACGCCUGUUGGCGAAUUCAUUGACAAAACAGCGAUCCGAGACCCGCAUGACCUGCGACUCGUCCUAGAGAUCGACGGCAAAACCGCGCAAGACGGCCUCACCUCCGACAUGCUCUUCGAUAUCCCCACCCUCCUCGCCCACAUCAACUCCAUCAUGACCCUCCAACGCGGCGAUCUCGUACUUACGGGAACACCCGCCGGCGUCGGGCCCGUCCGUCCGGGACAGACGCUGGUUGGCAAGCUUCUUCAGAAGAACCAGGAUGGCCCGGAGGGGUGGAAGGACGUGGCGGGGAUUCGGUUUCCUGUUGCGGAGAGGCCUAGUCCUUUUGCGAAGGGUGCUUGAGGGAGGUGAGGGAAGAAUGAGGGAUGGAGACACGCUCUUCUGAGGGAGGAUGGGAUGGGUGGGCUAGAUUGAGGCUCUGACGGCGUAAGAGAGCGUAUCCGAUGGAUCCCUAGCCAGCGGACACCAGAACUGGCGUACCUUUGUCGAAGACUGGAAUUCGAGACGUAGAAAGCAUGCUAGCUGCGUCAACUCCUAUGUGUUUCUACCCAUGUACUGCCUUUCCACAAACGAGCACAAAAGUUUACACUGAGAAUAUACGCAAAAAUAGA